GAAUGUGGUGAUGCGUACGGGUGCGAUGAGGACAUUCCACCAUCAUGUGUGUCGACUGUAGCUGAUCAAACCUAUCAUGAUGAGAGUAUUCUUUAAAAUAAAAAUGAUUGUUCAAUCUUCGCGGAAGUUGUUGUUGCGCAACAAGCACAAGACAACAGUUGCCGUCUUUAGACAUUUUCGCGAUGCGAGAACGGGCCAAUACAUAUAUAAAAUACUCAUCGCAGCGGCAUGUUUCCUGGUGGUGUGCUCUACUUUAAAUCCAGACAUCUUAACAACGUUGGGGUACUAUCCUACGUAUAUAAACACGGGCGAUGCACCCACACUCAAACCCGAGUCUACUCAGAAAUGGGUUGAAUCAUGUCGAAAGUUGGUCUUAAAUGCAGACCGUGCGUGCCUCAAUCAGCAUGGCUUCUGGGACCACUACACAGUGCUAGAAGCUGGCGAAGAUGUCUCCAUAACUGCCCGUAACGCUGCCUGUCGAGCGGCUGCGACUAUCUUCAAACAUCAGAUGUGUGACCUGGACUGCAGUAAGGGCUGGUAUUUUUCAGUUUUAAACACGGGGACGGGGACAGGCUCGAGGUGGCAUACCUAUACAAGAGGUAUACUACGAGCAUUGGAGACAGAUCAGUUCAUCAGACUGUGGGAGGGUGCGGGACCAUUCCACUUCUUCACCACAGACACUUGCCCUGAAGGUAGUGAAGGCUGCUACUUCUCCCGAAGUGAUCGGUGUAUCACGUAUGAUAGCAAAGAUAAUAUUAAUAACACGCACACAGAUAUUUCCACGCAGCAAGUAACUUGGAACUACCAACCACCACAGAGUGUAUCUAAAAGAUCUCUCACUAAGGAAUUGGGUCAGUCGUAUAUGUGGUUAACUUCACAGGUCAUGUUUUUCUUACUACAACCCUUGCCCUUUGUGAGUUCAUGGGUAGACGAGUUCUGGCGAGGCGAUUCCCAGUGGCGUCUAUCGACUGGAAAAAUCAGCCGGCACGAGCCGUAUAUCACAAUGCACGUGAGAUGGGGUGAUAAGUGCGGAUGGGGAAAGGAACAGGGUAAGGAGGCCCAAUGUGUUCCUUUUGCCAAGUAUAUGCAGGCCGCAGAGAACUUGCGAGAACGUAAUCCCGACCUGAAACACAUUAUACUGUCGACUGAGGAUAGUAGGGCGCUGGAAACCCUCGGUGACUACACACAUCGGUGGAUAUUCAGCUACACAAAGACCGACCGCAAAGGUGCUGAGCUUCAGAGCAUGAUGCGUAGUGGAAAUGCCACAGAUUUUCAGGCCCACGAGGUAAAGAACUCGCUGAUCAACUUCUACCUGAGUGCGUAUGCACAUGCGGCUGUAUAUACAGCUUCGAGUAACUGGAGUCGAGCUUUCCUCAGGUUUAGUAGAGCCCUGAGAGGUCGGAUUAUUGACAGUGUGAGUAUGGAUGAUUGGGACAAGGAUCUUGUACUAGAAGGAAUACCGAGUCGAUUAUUGGCGGAAAUCAAUGGGCGCCUUGGACCCGAAGGGGAAAGGUAUUGCUUCGACACCAGAGAGAAAUGUCCUCCUGAUCUUAUCGAAGCACUUAGAUAGGUCGUCUAUGUCUAUUCAUUAACAUUUCUGUAUAUCCCUUUUUAUCGGUAUAUACAUAUUAAAAUCAUCGUGGG